AUCUAAUGCGUGACGUGUCCAGCUCGACCUACGGCCGCCGCGUGCGGGAACAACGUACCGCUCGGCUCGCGCUCGGGUCUGCCUCGGUUAAGCAGGCCUCCGUUCUCUUCUCCUCUUCGGCGAAUGGCGGAAGAACCCCAAACCGAUCUGACACCGCCAACCACGGAUGGCGGUCUUACGCCUCAGGUACCAGAUGUUUGUGGCUUCCAGAUGUCGCCACUCAUGUUUCCUGGAAUGGUUCCUUUCCAAAGUUCAGAUUCCGAUGAACAUGGUUCAGGAAUUUAUGCUAUUCCGUAUCUUCCAUACAUGGGGCCGAUGGCUGGGAUUUCUCCUACUAUGCUUAUUCCGUUGAAGUAUAAUAUACCAACGAGGCAAGUAUCUGGAGGAGCUACUGAUGAGCAUGGGCAGGAAGUGAGGCAGCAACAUGGCCCUCAGAGACAAGUAGUAGUAAGGAGAUUCCACUUUGCGUUUCAGCUUGACUUGGGUCUGAUCAUCAAAUUGGCGGCUAUGGUCUUUCUUCUAAGUCAGGAUGGAUCACCACAAAAGCUUGUUCUCCUUGUUUUGUUUGCAUUAUUGGUGUACCUAUAUCAAACUGGAGUCUUUGCUCCUUUUAUACGUUGGCUUCAGCAAGCAGGAGCCCCUCCACGACAGCAAGCUCCUAUGCAACCACAGAAUGGCCCUCCUGUUGGCCAUGAUGGUCAGAAUAAUCCUCAACGUGAAAUUUAUGGUGUCAACAAUCAGAAUCAGAACCAACCAGCUGAAAACCAGGGACCACCAGAUGCCAAUGAGAAUCACCCUGAACCCGAAGGACAUGGAAACAACUUUUGGCGAGUGGUGAAAGAGAUUCAGAUGUUCGUCGUCGGGUUCUUGACCUCUCUUCUUCCAGGUUUCCAUAACAAUGAUUAAGUUAUCUCCAGGACCCUCUUCCAAACAAUGAGAAGGUGGUGUUUGUUUAGUUCUGAACGUAAAUAGAAAGGGUGAAAGGAGAGGGCUAUAUUUUUGGUCAGUACAUUCCGAAACUCUUUUCCUUUUUCUUCCUUUUCUUUCAUAUUUAAGCAGAUUUCUUCCUUGCAUGUGCAAGAUUUAUUCUUGAUUCAACUCAUGCUAUGUAUGCUAUCACUUUGGUGUUAUACUAUCACUUAAGAAGUUAUAGACCUUCGCUUAUGACUA